GAGUUGAGUAUAGGAAGUUUUAAAUAAUUACUUAGUCUUGGGAUUUUCAAUUUGUUGCGCUUGGAUUAAGAUUACAUAUUUUUUAAUUCUUAAAAAUUUUAGUUAGUCUUUUACUUUCAAAUCAAGUCGUGUCGGGAAACCACCUAACUCAAUAUCACCCCCUACCCCGCUAAUUAUAUACGUACGUGAGUUUCGUCAAAGUGUGGAUUUCACCAUCUUACCUUUUUGAAGGUCCUGCACAAUUUGUUUUGGAGUUGACAAAAUUGCAGAGAAACUUUUUUAUGUAAAUGCUGUGUAACAUUUGAAAGUGAUGAAUCAGAAUAUUAUUCUUCAGGUGUUUAUUCUGGCACCUUUUUUGCUUGGCUCGAUUAAAACUGAUGGCAAUGAAGAGCAAAGAACGUGUAUUGAACAAAUGUCAACCAACACCAACAAUGCUACGACCCAAACCUCCGCCAGCUCCUCGAGUAUUUUAUCGACCACGAGCUCAUCAUCCACGAACGGCAAACCAAUUAUUCUCGGAAAAUAUUUGAACCCAAUUUUAAUUGAUAAUUGGAAUUGAUGCUAUAUAGCUUCAAAUAAUGUAAUAUUAAUUGUACAGGUAGAAAUAUUCUUCAGAAAUGUUUCAAAAACCAUCAAUACACCGCAAAAUUAUGUACCUACAUUUUUAAUCCUUUCGACAUCGAGACAAACUGGGCGAAUAAAAUUUGAAGUGCUUUUAACUGAAUAAGGUCGGUUGCUGUUUAGAACUCUAAAUUUACUGGGAAUCGCAAAUUUUGAGUUCUAAACAACAACCUACUUUAUUCAGUUUAAAGCACUUCAAAUUUUAUUCGUUAGUUUGUCUCGUUGUCGAAAGGGUUAAACUGAAUUUUUUGUUGAUUAUGGUUAAGGUAGAAUUGGAAAUGAGUGCAAGGAAUCGUUAUUGAUUUGUUAGGUUUUCAAGAGUAAAGUACUGAGUUCAGAAAUAUUCACUCUCUUACCUUACCUAUUGGAUUUCAACCCUUAGUAUCCUUUCUAAACUUCGAAAAAUUAUGAAAAUUGAAGUGACGUGCCAAUUCCUAAGCUGAUCCCAUAAUUUGUGAUCGCUAAGUUGAAAUUUGUUUUCUAGAUUAGACGAACCUCUCAAGUCUCAGUGCCAUUCUAAUGACUCACUUUUUUCAAAAUUAUGGAGCUUAAGAAACCCAUGUGCCAUCGAAUCCAAAAAAUGAAUAGAUUGUACACCUUUACUUACCUACCUACCUACCUUUGCAUUUUGUAUUCAGUGCUUUCGAAAACUUUGAUGACGCAAUUCGAAUUCAUUUAAUGGUGAAUUGUUUUUGGAACAUUUCAGAUGUUAUCAAAUCAACGUCAUCAACGCGAUGUACGUAGAAAUGAGAGAAUAUUAUAAUUAAACGAAUUUCCCCACAAGUUUUAUUAGUCAAGCAAUAGAUUCACAUCCACAUAGGUACAACAUAAUUAUACACAACACACUUCUCUCCAUUUCGCUCUUCUUUGAAGCGGAAAUGAAAAUUUUGAUAACGUGAAUGAGAAUUUUAAAAUGAUGAAUUUUGAUAAACAAAACGUGUAGUACCUUGUGUAAAACCGCUAGUUUUCAAUUUCAUUUUUUUUUUUUUUUUUUGUGAAAAAAGGGGAGAAAUUAUGAUACCAGGUUUUUUUUCAUAGUUUAUGAAAUAAUUCGUCGAAAUAAACAUACCUAUUGCAUUGAAUAUGACUCGCUUCUUCUGCGUAUGAUCGAAUUGAUACAAUUUUCAUCGACUGAUUAUGAAUUAUGAUUCAACUUGAUCAAUUGAACUAAUUGAAGUGUAGACGCGUGUUUAACUGUAAAGUGUAAAUUUUCGUUAUAAUUUUUGCGGUGUGCAAUAAUUGUAGACGUGUGUUUUUUUUUACUUUUUCGGGAGACUUGGAUUUUUUUUUUUUGAUUCGGUUCAUCAUAAUUCAUAUCAUCCAUCUUCGUAAGUAUUUUUUGUUGGGUACCUAGCUACGAAAUUUCCAGGGAACAAAAUUCUUUGAAAUGACCACGACGUCGUUUGCUUUGCUGGUGUGAUUGUUCGUAACAGAAAUCAGUCUUUCCAAGUAGGACAUCUGCAUACCAGAAUGAAGAAUCAACUUGAGGAUAGUUCUCAACCGGCAUUCAACCAGUCAGCAUAUGAUGCCAAUACUCUGCCACCUUAUUCGGAUUUGAAUCAGCAGAUGCCUCCACCACUUCAGCAGAUGCCUCAAUCACCUCAGCAGAUGCCUCAACAACUUCAGCAGAUGCCUCAACCACCUCAGCUUCAGCAGGUGCCUCAAUCACCUCAGCAGAUGCCUCAACAGCUUCAGCAGAUGCCUCAAUCACCUCAGCAGAUGCCUCAACAGCUUCAGCAGGUGCCUCAACCACCUCAGCUUCAGCAGAUGCCUCAACAGCUUCAGCAGGUGCCUCAACAGCUUCAGCAGAUGCAUCAACAACCUCAGCUUCAGCAGGUGCCUCAACAGCUUCAGCAGAUGCCUCAACAGCUUCAGCAGAUGCCUCAACAGCUUCAGCAGAUGCCUCAACAGCUUCAGCAGAUGCCUCAACAGCUUCAGCAGAUGCCUCAACAACUUCAGCAGAUGCCCCAACCAAUUCAGCAGAUGCCCCAACCAAUUCAGCAGAUGCCUCAACCAAUUCAACAGAUAACUCAAGUAGUUCAGCAGAUGCCUCAACCAGUUCAGCAGAUGCCUCAACCUAGCUUCAAUAUCACAAUGAAUAAUCAAUCCCAGCAAGUUCAGAAUGUUUUAUCUUUAGCUCCGUCUUACUUUGGUAAAAGGUCAGCUCGUAUGGCGUGUCCAAAUUGCCAUGCUGAAAUAAUGACAAAAGUGUCGGCUCCAUGCGGAUUUUUCACAUGUGGCUUAUGUAUGGUUUACUCGUGUCUGUUGUGCUGCUUUGGUGAUUGUGCCUGUGGUCCGUGCAGACAUUCGUGUCCGUACAAACAUUCGUGUCCGAGAUGUCGCAUGCAUAUUGGAUCAUACUACCCGUGAAUUCCUAUAUUACUUACACAAAUUUAGUGGCAUUCAUGUAUGAAUUUGAUGAUGUUUUUUAAAAUGAGCGUUUGAAUUUAAUUCUUAUUUGUGUAUACAUCAGGGUUGUAAGGUAAUUUAUGUCGGUAAAUUACAGCGGUAUUUUACCGUAUUUUACGGUAUUUUACCAAAAGUUUAUUACCGUAUUUUACCGUAAAUUACCAAAAAGCAUUUUUUUGCCACAUUAUUUGAAAGUUGAACGGAUGAAUCAACAGCUGAAGAUGAUUGGCAUCAAAAUUCACAGUUAAUUUGCAUCAAUGCUAAUGAUAAUUGAUACAUGCUACAUAUAAACAGGAAAAUAUCUUGAAAAUUACCAAACAAUUGCCAGAAAAUUAUUCACAAUUGGUCAAAAAUUAGAAAAAAUUGCAUCAAAUUGUGAAAACAUGUUGAAAUGUCAUUAAAAUGUACUUCAAAAUCAUUAAAUUUUGGUUAUUUCAAUCAUUUUAUUUAAAAUAACCAAAUUGGUCAAUUUUUUAUUUUUUGACAAUGUUGAAUGAUUUUAAAUUGAGGAGGUUGGUUACAAAGUUAGACAAACGCCACUUCUACAAAAAUCGAGUUAGAUAUUGAUUCUUAUAGGAUUUUCAACGCUCUUUUCAUUGCCGAGGUCUGUUAUUUUCAAUAUAGUACGUAAAAGGGUGAAAAACGUGCUCAAAGUUUUGCCUUAGUUUCAAACACAGACAUGUGCAAAUUGUCUUAGUUUCAAAAACAGACAUAUCCAGGAUAUGUCUGUUUUUGAAACUAAGAUGAUAGGAUAUGUCUCAUUUUGAAACUAAGAUAAUGUUCACAUGUCCGUGUUUGAAAUUAAGGCCCAACUUUGAUCACGUUUUUUGACCUUUUAUGUACUAUUUUGAAACUAAGGGACCUCAGAAAUGGAAAGAGGGUUAAAAAUCCUAUACGUAUCAAAACCUAACUGAUCUAGAAAGCUUCAAUUUCAAAUUAUCUUUGUCUUGUUUUCAAAAUCAGACAAGUGCAUUUUCAGGUUCUUUUUAUUAGUGGUGGGGGGCAAUGGUGGAAGGAUAUUUUUUGUAUUUUUGUUACUCAGUAUCAUCACUACAAUUUGUCAAAUAUCCCCCGCCUUUACAAUGCUGUAUAUUUUUGUAACAAAAAACAUAGUUUUUCUCAAAAUCAACCCUGUGGCGUUUGUCUAACUUUGUAACCAAGCUCCUCAAUUUUAAUUUUAAUCCUUGCAUGGUUAUUGGUUAUACAAUUCAAGCAGAAAAUUAUUGAAAUUUCCAUCCAUUACAUAAUAUACAAUAAUUUUAUAUGUUUGAACUUUUGAAGGUUUGAAGUUUGAACACUAUAUGUUCAUUAUAUUCAAGUUGGUAAAAUACGGUAAAAUACCGUAUUUUACCGUAUUUUACUGCCGUAUUUUACCAGCGAAUAAAUUACGGUAAUUUAACAACCCUGGUAUACAUACUUUCUAAGAAUUUGUAGUUUUUUUGAUUUUGAUUUCAGUUUAACGUUUUAUAUUUUUUUACUUGGAGGUCUUUAUUAUAAUCAAUGGUUGAAAUUUAAAUAAUAUUUUUUCAUUGAGCAUUUUGAGUUUAAUUUUUAUUCGUAGAUUUACUUAUUGUCUUGCAAUAACGAUACCUUUUUUAUUUGGUGGUCUUUACCGCAGGCUGAAUUAAAACAAUAAUAUUUUCACGCCAUUAUUUUGUUUUUAAUUGACAGUAACUUUUGUAGAUCGAUAUUCUUCUUACAUUGGUAGGAACCUAAACCUAUCUACUAUUAUGGAAUACAGAAUACAGAAUAUUUACCUAUA